AUGGAAAUGCCUUUGGUUUUUGAACGCCUUACACAUUGCACCAUGAACUUGGCGUUUAACCCAAAGAAUUCCAACACCUUCGCAUCCUCUUGUUUAGAUCACACCGUGAAGGUCUGGUCACUAGGCUCUCACACCGCCAACUUCAACCUCGAUGCUCACAAGAAAGGUUCCAAUUAUGUUCAAUACUACCAUGGUGACAGCACCAAUUGUCAAUCAUCAAACAAAAAGAAAGAAAAAAAAAUCAGCGACCUCUUCGCCGCCGGCGCCGAGGCCAUCUACCUUUUCUUCGCCACUAGUAACUUCCCCUCCUAUAACCCCAAAGACCCCUUGCUUGCCCUCAGAGACGUUGAGAACGCCGCAAUGCUUGGCUACUAUCUUGCCUGGUUCAGGAUUGGCAGGGAAUAA